AUGAGUUCUGAGAAGGAACAGAACAUCGCGCCCGGCGUGGCCCUCCAGGAGCAGCCUGGUUCUCUUGGUACUUCUACCAAGACUUGGCGUGAGUAUCUCGGUUGGAAUUCUUCCACUUCUCCUCCCGAGCCCCGACAGCCUAUUGCCCCCCAGCUCCAUCGGGGACCUCGAUUCCAGGGCUAUCAGACUGUCCGCUUCGCAGACAUGGGCUACGUGGCUCAGAAUCCCGAGGCUGUCUAUCAUCGUAGCAGCUCUAUGAAGUUCUUGAUUCGCCUAUGCCGCGGCCUUUUGCUUGCAAAUUUGAUCCUCUUGCUUGGAUGGUCCCUUUUCAACCUGUUUGUCGUCGGCCGUCUCAAGAGCAUCCAUCAGUCUGAGAAGUCUCGACGAGAGGUCACUGGCUACGGAGAGUACCCCGGCCUCACGGUGACUCCCUUCAUGUCUGCCCCUGGUGACAUGAACGCCACUGCGACCGAUUACCUCACCACUCUGUCCCACUCUCACGUCAUUGUCCCUGUUACUGUUGAGGCACCUACCACUGUUUCUUCUUCGGUUGGUACAAAUGCCACCCAGCUUGUGAACAGUACUGCUCUUUCGGUAACUGCAACUGUUAGUAUGUCCAGCGGUAUUCCCAAUGCCACAGUCACCUUUACAGGUUCUGAGUCUGAGCACUCUUACCCUACCAAGACGACACUGUCCGAGGUCACUGGUCGACCUACUAGCUGGUACUUUGGUAACAGCACGUCUUCGUCUCAGUAUGCAGGCACUGGCACUGGCAUUGGCACUGGCACUGGAUUAUUCACUGCUACUUCAGUUUCUGAUGUCACUGUGACCGUUAUUCCCAUUCCAGUCUUGACCACUGGAGCUACCGCUGCCAUGAACAUCUCUGGUUCUGCCUCUAGUUCUUCCUCUUGUUCUGAAUCGGACAUCUCGGUUGGUGUUCAUAACACUACCAGCACCCGUCCUACUGUCUACCAGACGGUCACUGAGACCUGGACUUCUGACAACUGCACCCUGGAAGCCUCUAAGACUUAUUCUGCCUCUAAGGAAAUUUCUUCUACUGUGACUACAACUGCUGGUACCGAUGCUAUGUUUACAAGCACCUCAGGAGCACUCAAGUCAAGCACUCAGGCUGUGGCUACCCCAGUCUCUCAGUUAUCUUCAAGCUCUUCUGAGACAUACACCAGCACUGAGACCGAGACUGUGACUCCUAUUGUUACUCUUGAGAAGACUACCAGUGUUUCAGAGACUGUCCUUGGCACUAUUACUAUUCAUCUAUCCCAGGACACUACUGUCACUCAGAUUGGUUCUGUAACAGGCAUUCCUACCUCGUCGGCUGGAACUUGCGGUGCAAAGGAGACUGAGACUACGACCGUUGUCAUCUUCUCGACUGUGUAUGCCAACUCGACCUCGACCGAAACUGCCUCUACUAGCACUAUCUCUACCAGUUCCACCUCUACCAGCACUGUGGCCAGUACUACUGAGAGCAGCACUUCUUAUGUCGUGCCUUCUGCUGUUCCCUAUACCUACGAGAGCUCCCAGAACCUGACUAUGAUGACGUCGACGAUGACUUCUACAUCGACUUCGACAAUCUCUCUGAACACUACUCAGACUGUCUCGAUUGGUUCGAACACUACUAGCACAUAUGGUGUUAAGGCUACCAGCACUUCUUCCAGUUCCACUCCUUGCACUCACACUGUUAUCGUGACUGCCAGUCCCAACUCGACUGUUUCUGCUGCCCACUCGUCGUCUGUUGUCUCAAGCAACACUACUUCUGUGCCUCAUGUCACUGCGGUCCCUAAGGUUUCCUCCUCCUCUACUACUGAUGAUUCCGGCUUUGUUGUGAGCACUCUGAUCAGCACCAUGAUCACCACUUACAGUCUGCACCCGCACUCGGUGAUGGAUAUCAGCACUCAAUCUUAUCCCACUGCAUCUACAUCUGCCAUCGUCACAUUUCACCCCUUUGCAGUCAACGGUACAGGCAAUGGCACCUCCAACUCUAACACCUCGGUGCCCGAGAACAUCCCUCUUGGCCCCGCCUCCCCAGAUGGAGUUGUUCCUUUGAACUUCACCAUUUCAGGCCACACUACUCCCCCUCGUCCCACCUCUUCCGCCAUUGAGACCAGUGGUGCCAACUCCAAGGCUGGCUCCAACCUGCGACCCUGGGACCAGGAAAACAGCGUUGACACACUGACCUGCAUUGUGAUGCUGUCCACCGCGGUGGCCAUUAUCAUGUCGAUCUGA